CCUGUUCCCUCGUUCCACCGCCCCUCCGCCGCACAACGCUCGCCGCCAGCUCGCCGCCACGCACGUCGAGCAUGCGCGCCGCCGGCCACGCCAACACGACCCGGGCCCUCGCUGCACCGCGCCCGCGCCAAGGGGACAACACACAGCACUCAUGGAGCUAGCCAGAGACGACAGCAUUCCGGACCGGCCGCAUUGCUGCUGCGGCAGCAGCGACUGCCCCUUCCUCCAGCACAACGAAUCGCUGGUCGAGGGGCUCGAGCGGAAUGUCAACAGAGCUGCCGUGCUGGGCCAGGCUCUCCUCUCCCGCCACGAAGCCUACGUUGCCGACUCGGAGCGCGAGCGCAAACACAUGCUCAGCACCAUCGAAGGCCUCGAGAAGGACAAGGUCGAGCUCGAAGAGAAGAACGCCCAGGCCAUCAAGGCGAACCGCCAGCUCCUGGACCGCCUGGAGGAGCUCAACAAUGCUGUCGCCAGCUCCGACGCCCAGAUCAAGGCCCUCAGCGACACGCUGCAUUCGACCGAGGAGGAGCUCCAGCGCCUGAGCUCUCUCGCCGCCCGCACCCAGAUGCUCGAAGCCCAGCUGCUCGACCUGGAGAGGGAGCAGAUGCAGACGCAAACGAGCCUCGAACUCAAACUCUCCGACGAGAAGACGGCCAUACAGCGAUGGAAGCGAGCAGAGAGAGUCAUUGCAGAUCUCCAGGACCAGAUCGACCGCAUCGAAAAGGAGUCGCGUGAGGAGCGUGAGCGCCACGUCGAGAUUGUAGCGCGCAUGGAGCGCCGCAUGGCCGUGGACGGCGAGCUGGCAACCGCAGCGGGGAGGUUGAAGGCGAAAGCUGGCGUCGACAAGAGCGGCACCAAUGUCGUGUCGCACUUCGUCAAGGACAUUCUCCUGGACAAUGUGAAUCUGCAGCAUGGCAUCGUCGAGCUCCGCGAGAUGCUCGACAACUCGAAUAAAGAGGUGGAGCGUCUUCGAGAGUACCUGGGCGCUCAUCAACCCGUGUCCCCCACCGAAAGCCCCACCGAGCUCGCCACGCCGCAAGCUGCCACGCCGAAUUUGCAAAAGGAACUGGCAGGAGAAACCGUCUACAACCAGGAGCUGCAUAUUCAUCACCACUACAGCCAACCCAUUGCAAAGACUCCGUCAAAGCCUCCCGCUCGCCGCCCUCGAAAGAAGCGCUUCAGUCUUACACCGGGACAUUUUACGCCUCCUAUGCAAGCAGAUCCCGCGACCCAGACCACUAUACUAACUCAAACGGCCGUCACUGUACCCAAUACCAAUCGCUGGUCCAACGCAACGACCCUCGCACCCUCGCUUCCCAGCUCACCUCUGUCCGCAUCACACCGCGGCUCUAUCUACGAUCGCGUCUUCAGUGACGCUAAUUACGACUCUUCGCGUCCGACGAGUCCUUCCGACUCAAUCGACCUCCAGUCACCUAAUUUUGGACCGAAAUCAUACUUUAUUGGCGACAUCAGUCAGCACAACCGCAAAAAGUCACAGUCGCUUAAACCUCCAAGCCUAGCAACCAUCAGGAGCGUCAGUACGCCUGUAUCGAUAACAGCGAAAAGUAGCCCUGCGUCUGCGGUCGUGUCUGGCAUUAGUCCCGCUGGUUCUCUCGCCAACGACGAAUUCGUCCUCUCGCCUUCUCUGCAAGCGCAGCCUACUAUCCCAGAGGAAGGCGAGGACUCUAACGUUGACAGCAACGCAACUCCUGAGAACCUUGUCUCACCGCCUCCCAACGCUCGUAUCGACGAUGAAGAACUUGGCGAUCUGAUUUCACCUUUGGCGCAGUCACGCCCAACCCUCCGCCGGGCCGUAUCACACGAAUCCUUGAUUUCGAUAUCCGGAAUGGACAUUCAUACGCUGCAAUUGCGGCCAUCCCAGUUACUCUUGUCAGCCUCUCCUCGCUUUGCUACGCCAGGAGGCACAGACAGCCUGAACCCUGAGCUUACGCCAUGGACCGCUACAGCGACUGCGCGGAUGAGCCGCCGUGACCUCGACUCCAGCGCAUACAAUCGAUCGCUUCUAUAUUCCAGCACACCCCGUGCUCCAAGUGCAGCCUAUCGAAUUCCCUCAGCCGGUGGUUUGGGCAAGAAAGUUGGCGGUUGGGUUCUCGGAAGGUGGGGUACCACGCCGGCUUCACCGUCCGCAACUUCUUCACCACGGCCUGACUCUAGUAAGAGCGCGGAGACCCAGUCCAGUACCGAUACGGUGAAGAAAGAUCUCGGUGUGAAGAAGAAAGAGGUCAAGAAAGAAGUGCGUCUGAGGGCGCCAGGCGUGAAUCAAGACGGACCUAUCUGGGGUUUCUUCGAUAUCAAGGAGACACCUACAAAGGUUGUGGUCGAGGAGUACGACGCGGAAGCGCUCGGAGAAGCGCUCGGGGAAGCGCUUGCAGAUGGCUAGUCGUUGUCGUGUUCUGCAGCGUGUCUGUCACCCGUGCGUAACGAUCGUUAAUCAUUACAUCUCCUAUUCGUCUUUUGGUUUCGCAUGAAGGUGUAACAAAUAGAGCAGCGAAGUGGGGUGUAUGUGUUUUGCAUCGCGUGGCGUUUUAUACCUGAUCUUGAGAGGACCCCUACGGUCGAUUAACUGAGGGUGCAAGUAGUUUGGCUCUCUGGAAGUUAGAUGGAUAACCAGCACAUAUACAACAUAAUUCCCUAGUAUCAAUAAUGG